AUGUCAGACUUAAUGGCAGAAUCAGGGGAUGCUACUACCGGUAUUACUAGUACGAUCACUACCAACAACAACAGCAAUGUGGAGCAGAAAGACGAAACCCAAGCUACCACAGAGAAAAAGACUAAUCUAGAAUCGACGGUAGAACAAGAGCCAGCAGUGGAAGACAGGGUAAAUGUGGCAGAAACGGCUGUCACUCCUCCCCGCACCAACGAGAAUCUGAUUACUAUCAAUGCAGAAAAACCCAUGGGCACGGAUGAUAUUGUGCUAGUACCGAUCAAUCCGCGUCUCAGUGCUCCUGCUAUUGCUACUCAAGGAACUAGAACUCAUGAUCAUAUUGACAGACGAAGGAGACUAUUUGCGGCAAAGACUUUUCUCAUGGAACACUCGGAAAAUCAAAGACGAAAAAAGAGAGUUGCCUACAAGUCCAUUUCCACCAAGGGAAGUUCCAUUGUCGAUAAGGUAGCUUGGGAAGAUCUAUUCAAAUCACCACAGAAAAAAAUUAGACCGGCCAAACACAACACCAAAGCCAUACAGCAGCAACAGCAACAACAAUCAUCAACCAGCAGAAGCAACCGAAGCAACCAUAACAAACCCAGUGCGACAGCCAGGCGCGGGGGUCGUAAACAACAACCACAACAACAACAACCCGCCUACAGUGUUAGCAGCAUGGUCGACAGCAAAAAUCUACCCCUCCCCAAACCGGAAGAAGUAUAUCGAGGACCACCCAGUGAAGUUCUGGAAGGAGGAUGGCCACCCGGAUGGAUCAAGACGGAAGUCAAACGAAGAAACGGAACCAGUUCUGGACACAGAGAUCGAUACUGGUACAGUCCCGGUGGAAAAAAGUUUAGAUCCAUGGUAGAAAUCAAAAAAUUCAUGGUUGCAUUGACCAUCGAGUCGGGGGAUGAAGAGGCGGCAUGGAAAAUAUUCAAAUCCAUUCAGUUGUAA